UAUCCAAGUUGCAUUUUAUACCAGAGUAUAUGUCUUAUAAAAUGCCUUGUUCGGUUAAUGUUAAUGCCCCCCUCGUCCCUCCUCUUCACUCUCUUAAAAACUCUUCAGGUUUUUCUAACUGAGCGAUUCUGAGGCGGGCGCAACCGCACUAGAGGGGAAGUCGUGCUGGACUGGCGCGAUAUCCUCGCACGGUUCACAACUAAAAGAAGACCUGACCCGCGUUUAAUCAUGAUUUUAAAUGAUGGAAUAUGCUGAUUUUAAAAGUUGACCAGGGAUUUCUAGUUGUGGGGUGUUUGCGAGGCAUGGCUUUCAUUUUAACUUGCUUAUUUCUGUCUUGUUACAGUGUAAGCAGUGUUUGGGGAAAUCAGCCCGCUGAUACCAGUAUCUAUUUGGAUAACAUCACGCGCAUAUUGGAUAGAUUACUGGAUGGCUAUGACAACAGGCUACGACCCGGAUUUGGAGGUCCAGUUACAGAGGUCAAAACUGACAUCUUUGUCACCAGCUUUGGACCUGUUUCAGAUGUUGAGAUGGAAUACACCAUGGACGUGUUCUUCCGUCAAACAUGGAUCGACGAACGGCUGAAAUUCGAGGGCCCCAUUGAGAUCCUGCGGCUCAACAACCUGAUGGUCAGCAAGAUCUGGACGCCCGACACCUUUUUCCGGAAUGGCAAGAGGUCCAUCUCUCACAACAUGACCACCCCCAACAAGCUGUUCCGCAUCAUGCAGAACGGAACUAUCCUCUACACCAUGAGAUUAACUAUAAAUGCAGAGUGUCCCAUGCGUCUGAUGAACUUCCCGAUGGACGGCCAUGCCUGCCCGCUCAAGUUUGGGAGUUAUGCUUACCCCAUCAGUGAGAUUGUGUACACUUGGAAGAAAGGUCCUCUGUCCUCCGUGGAGGUGCCACAGGAAUCAUCCAGUUUGCUGCAGUACGACCUCAUCGGUCAGACAGUGUCGAGCGAGAGGCUAAAGUCCAACACAGGUGAAUAUGUCAUCAUGACAGUCCACUUCCACCUGCAAAGGAAAAUGGGCUUCUUCCUGAUUCAGACUUACAUUCCCUGUAUUAUGACUGUCAUCCUGGCCCAAGUCUCUUUCUGGAUUAACAAGGAAUCUGUUCCUGCUCGGACUGUGUUUGGUAUCACCACGGUCCUGACCAUGACUACACUCAGUAUCAGCGCCCGCCACUCCCUCCCCAAAGUUUCUUACGCCACAGCCAUGGACUGGUUCAUUGCCGUUUGCUUUGCCUUUGUCUUCUCCGCUCUGAUUGAGUUUGCGGCCGUCAACUACUUCUCCACCCUGCAGGCAAACCGGGAGCUGAGGAAGGCAGCAGCCAUGAAAGUGGCGGCUCAUGAGGCGGCAGUUGCAGCUGCCACUCCGACUGCAGCUACGGGGAUUGACGGAGAUCUUUCCUCAUUGGAUGCCAGCAAUGUGCUGAAGAAGAGGAUGAACUCUGCCCCGCUGUUUGACCGCCCUGCCAAAACAUAUCCCAACCCACCUGUCAAUGCCCAAGCCUUCCUGCAGCAGGGUUCAGCUGUACCAGACAACAACAUUCUGACAGGCACCAGCAUCAUCGACAAAUACUCUCGCAUCCUCUUUCCACUUUCAUUUGGCGCCUUCAACCUGGUCUACUGGAUCGUCUAUCUCACUAAGGACACGAUGGAGAUGUCAAGGGACACCGUUUAAGCCACAAGUUCGUCUUCCUGGAAAUCACAAACGUACACUUACUUUCAUACACUUGCACGGGAAAACACACACACACACACACACACACACACACACGCACACACACACACACACACACACACACACACACACACACACACACACACAAUAAGUAGAUGACAGACACUUGCCAAGCACUCGUUUAUGCCACCUCAGUGCAUUGUAUUUAGUUUAAGUACUCCCUUGGAAACUGAGUGUUUUGAGAGCAGAUGUACCAGCUCCUGUUGCCAACAUGACCCGGGAGCUCAGAGCCUGUGGGCCCGAGGCUCUGGACACAUUUCAAGCAGGUACUACACCUCUCUCUCUCUGUAUCUUUUAUUUAUUAAUUUCUCAUCCCUGAUAUAACAUUUAAAAAAGUUAUGACACUUUUCCAGUGUCCAUCCUGUUCACCCUGCCUGAGUAGAUCGGCUAAGCUAGCUAGGCUGCAGAACCAGAGACAGAACCACUACUUUGUUGUAUGUUUCUCUUCCUGCAUGCGUGCAACGCGCAUGCAGUUCCACACAUGAUAGUAAUUUGCAUUCUGUGUUUUGAAAUGACACAUUCCCUACCGUGAUAUUUUGAACACACUUGCGGGAACGAGCGUACUCGUUGUCCUGACUGGAUCCAGCGUGACUGACUGAACUCGCAGCUCUUCUUUCCAUUCCUGACAACACUCGCUAUGUUUUUGAUUCAUUGGCUUAAUUUCCCUCUGCUGAUGGAGUACAAAGACUGUGAGGCAAAAAUCUUCAAAGGGUCUUUAUGGUGUGUUCCACGGAUGCAUUGGCCUGGUUGAAUAUACACUGUCACAUGCACAUACAGACGGAGAAACGUGCAUGCAUUAAAAAAAUACAGACACUAAAAACAUGCACACAUGCCACUCACUUACACUUACUUUCCAUGAUUUCCACAAUGACAGGAUGUCCUGGAUUUCCUAUAGACAGAACAAUAGAUCUGCAGAGUGUAUUAAAAGCUCCUACAUUUUAAUUGUGCAACGUUUCGAUCCAUCAGAGAUCUUCUUCAGGCAUUGUCAAACGUGAUUGCCGGGAGCUUUUAAUACAAUGUGCAGAUCUUUUGUCUGAUUCUUACCUUCGUUUGAUUUUUUGAUCCAGAGCCUGUAAAAGCUUUUUGGAUGUGCGUACGCUACAACCUGGUUAUCUAUAGAAAAUUAUAAUUUGAAACAUCAGUGCAUGAUUGAAUAACUAUCAUGAAAUAACUUGUUUCAGCUCAAAGCUGUGAUCCAUCUGGGAUCAUUUAUUUUACAGAAACACACAGGACAUGCCUACAGGAACAAGUGAGGAGGACACUGCAAAAGUGUUAGUAAAACAAAUGUUCAAGUUAAAGUUUGUUACAUGCAAGACACUUUAGUGAAACAAUGAAUGUAAAGUGUGGGAAGAAAUAUUACAUACAGUCAACCCACCUCUGCAUAUAUACUCCCGAGCAUAUCAUACAGUAACCUGUAUCCUGGCAACAACCAAUCUUUUCCCAGAGAGGAUUUAAGCAUUUAUGUGUAACAUUGUAAUCAUUUUCUUUUUUAUUGUUUCUAUUUAUUGUAGUGGUUUUAAUUGAAGGUAAAAAGGUUUUCCUACACUGGUUGUCAAUUAUUUGUGUCCUUCUUCAUCCGGUUUUCAUUUCAUAAAAAAGCAACAUAAAUAGAAACCUAAACCUAUCAUCAUCAAUUAUACGAAAUGCCAAAACAUAUUCAUUAAUAAUCCACUUGUGUGGAUUUGCAUAUGAUUAAGCACAGUUUCCAAUUAAGUAGAGAUUGUGACAUGUAAAAGCCAUGUGGUUUCUAAAUAUAAGCUGAUGUGUGUUUGCUUCCUCAUGACAUCCAUCAUCCUUGAGGAUGUUCUUAUUAAAAGGUGUCUCUUAUUAACACAGGCACCUUUUGAAAUAGAAAAACCAGCACACGGUGGCAAAAGAUUAAACUAAGUCUUGAACACUGUACACUUCCUUUUGGUUGUUUCGUAGAUUUUCACACACAGACGUAAUGUUAAAAAAGAUGUACAAUUGGUGUAAAUUGCCCGUGUGUUCUUUAUUCAGUCUUGCACAUACUGAGCUCCCUAACUAUAGAAGUUAUUGAACAAGAAGCAACAACAUUUACUGGUCCUUUAAUAUUCAGUUUAUUCCAGUUUUUAAUUUGCUGUAACCAUGUGUAUUUCUUCUAAGCCCUUUCAUUUGUGAACAGACCCGCAUGGUAGAAGCUCAGUUCAACAAUACUGAUAUAAUAAAUAAAUAAUGCAUGAUUAAAACUUUGCAUCAUAAACAUAGUUUUUAUAGAAUACAAAUAUGCAAUGCAAUAUAGACUCUGGUUGGAACCCCCCCUCUCCCCCCCAAGGGAUCCAUUGCUUAAUACCAUAUUCUGAAAUAUCCUUUCAUUAACUGGUUACAAACAAGCAAAUAUAUCCAGACAAGAACAGCAAAAUUGGACAAUUCUGCAAAACCUGGGAUACAUCCAGUGCCAAGGGUUUUUAAGUUAUAUAAUAUCUCUGCAUGGCAACUAUGGUAUGAGUGAGGCAGGGUUAGGGUCAGGCUGCUAAAACAUAAAAAGGUUAACUUGUGACAGGAUGCAAACUCGGGCAUGAACAUUUGAUGUGCUCGGUUUGGACUCAUGUGUGUACUUUAAAUCUUUGCUCAGUUGACAUUGAAAUGACGUGGAACUGUGGGGUGCAAAUGAUUUGUUUAUUUUAAGGCCUGUUGUCGCAUGUUUUUCUUUCUUUCCCCACGUACACCAGAGGACUAGAAGAACCGUGUUGUCAGACUGUAUGAACUGUCUUUGUAUCCUCCCUCUUUCUCUACGUCAUUCAUCACCCUCCGCUCCUCUGUCUUUGAGGCAGAGGCUGAUGAGACGGGGCAUUUCAGUCCCCAUUGCCCUGCGUGUCAGGCUCUAUUGUGGGGAAACGUGACUGCCAGUGAACUUGGACUGCUACAGAACUGCUGGCUCAACCCCCGAUGGAGCCUCAGAACACCAACGACCUCUCACCUCCAGCGAGGACUGAGUGUGUUUCUGCAGAAUUAACUUCAGUCGAAUGGUCAAACAGAAACAAGCUGCAGAGAGAGGGUGUGUAUGGAUGUGUGAGCAGCUUUUUUUUUUAUAUUUAUGAUUGAGCUCGUUUGCUUUUAUCAGUGACCCGAUCGAUCUGCCCUCUGACCCCGGCCUAGCUACUCAGCUCUAUCGCACCACAUGAGAAACGCACAUGCAUGACCUCCGACCCUUAAUGUGCUUGUUAGGGUUGUUGAAUGUAGAAGGUUGUGACUGCAUAGAAUAUAGAAUUACAUCGCUAUUGUGAUGGUGGCCAUGCACUGCCCUGCAGUCAGUAUUUUUAAUUCCACAGGCAUGGGCUUUAUUGAUUCUUUCUUUCAGGCCAGCAUUAAUCUCUUCUUUUUCUUUUCUUUUUUUUUACACUGUCAUUUGCCUAGAAAUUGUGGACACAAUUUAGAAGACAAUGAAUGCUCUACAUUCUUAUUUUAUGUGUAUAUUUUGUGAAUAUGAUUCAGUUUUUCCGUAGGUUGCUAUUUGUAUUCCAACUGUAUGACCCUGCUUGAUGAUCAGCUGCACUACAUUAACUAUUUGUACUCUUUUGAAUGACGGACCACAAACUUUUGUAUUUUUAGCAGUUUAGUUCAUCCACAUGUGCUCCUUGUACACAUCGCUCUCCUUUUGUUUUUAUUGUCAUCAGGAAGGCCAGUUUAUAUUGCAACUAAAUGAUAUUUGCAUAUUCAGGUCUCUUGUCCCCCUGUUAAUAAAUUAACUCCUACUCACUUUU